AAAAAUCAUGCAGGCGGGACUUCAGACGGAGGCAAUGCCUCCGGGGCUAAUUAUGCAACUGUUGAGCGAUUUGGCGGGCGCGAGAGUAUAUGCAUUUAUGGGGGACUGUGUCGCCUCUGACCUCGCUCUGUUGUGGCUGUGUUGGUUACUUCUUCGCAAGCACAGAAUUAAUUCCUACCUCAACACAAAUGGCGUCAAACUCUCAAGGGCAGAGUGGUAACGACGAUGACGAAAACGACGUCUCCAGUACGGGGUCCGAAAGGGUCCCUUCAGAUUCGAGCUCAGAUGAAAAUCUCCAGCGCACCCAGUCAAUGUCCAGCAGCGUGAGCAACUAUGAACCGAUCAUGGAAGCUGAUCGCGCUGAGAUCACACGGGUUGCCAGUGAGUUAACGCGCGAAAAGACUCAUGAUCCGACCCUGGAUCCUUCUGAGCCUACCUUUGACAUAUACAAAUGGGCCAAGAUGGUCCUGCGAGAAGCCGAAGGCGCGAACAUCAAGCUACGUCGUGCCUCAAUUACUUUCAAGAACCUGAACGUGUCAGGCUCUGGGAUCGCCAUGAAUCUCCAGCCGACGGUAGCAUCAUACCUUCUUGCUCCGUUGCGCAUAGCCGAGUGGAUUCGCUUCGCGAAGAAGCCGCAGAGAAAGAUUCUCACGGGCUUUGACGGCGUGGUAAAGCCUGGAGAGAUGCUACUGGUCUUGGGACGCCCUGGCAGCGGAUGCUCGACACUCCUAAAAACUCUAGCUGGGGAACUCCAUGGCUUGAAAGUUGGAGAUGACUCAGUCAUCCAUUACAGCGGAAUACCGCAACACCAGAUGAUCAAGCAUUUCAAGGGCGAGAUCGUCUACAACGCCGAAGUCGACAUACAUUUUCCGCAUUUGACUGUCAGACAGACUCUCGAAUUUGCGGCGGCUAUGCGUACUCCACGAAACCGAGUUUUGGGCGAUUCUCGAAGCGAAAAUGUCAAGAAAAUGACGGCCGUCGCCAUGGCAGUAUGCGGGUUGACCCACGUCCAAAACACGAAAGUAGGAAAUGCGUAUGUGCGAGGUGCAUCAGGAGGAGAGAGGAAGCGAGUGAGCAUUGCGGAGAUGCUGCUCUCCUUCUCGCCCAUCGGUUGUUGGGACAACAGCACGCGCGGUCUGGAUGCUUCCUCCGCCAUCACGUUCGUCCGCACGCUCAGACUGAGUGCCGAUCUGAGCGGCUCUGCCCAUGCAGUCGCGGCCUAUCAGGCUUCUCAGACAAUGUACGACGCUUUCGACAAGGUCAUCGUUCUUUAUGAGGGUAGAGAGAUAUACUUUGGUCCAACCAAUCUUGCGAAGGGUUACUUUGCAGAGAUGGGCUGGCUCUGUCCAGCUCGCCAACCAACCCCUGACUUUCUGACCUCGAUCACAAAUGUGAGCGAAAGGAAAACGCGACCAGGAUACGAAGAGAAGGUCCCCCGAACUGCCAUCGAAUUUGAACAAUACUGGCGGAAAUCACGACUUUAUAAGUCCCUCCAACAAGAAAUCAAGACACAUGAAGAGGAGGACUAUGGGUCCUCUGCAGCCGAUGAAUUCAAAGCCGCACGCCGUGCGGUGCAAGCACACCAUGUUCCUCCGAGCUCUCCGUACACCGUUUCGACGCCCAUGCAAAUCCAGAUUUGUACCAAACGAGGCUUUCAGCGGCUUUGGAAUGAAAGAGUGAUCCGACUCACCUUGAUCAUUGGACAAGGAAGCAUGUCCCUGAUUAUCGGCUCCAUUUUUUACGGAACGAUCAACGACACCAAUAGCUUCUUCGCAAAAGGUUCUACCAUUUUCUUUGCUGUGUUAUUGAAUGCUCUUAUUGCGGUUACGGAAAUCAAUCGUUUGUAUGACCAAAGACCUAUCGUGGAGAAGCAAGCCUCCUAUGCUUUCUACCACCCAUUUACAGAGGCAUUGGCUACUGUAAUAGCGGAUCUACCGGUUCAGCUGCUCACCGCCGUGAUCUUCAACAUCGUUCUCUAUUUUCUGUCAGGGCUGAGGAGGGAAGCUGCACAGUUCUUCAUCUUCUUCCUUUUCGCCUUUCUGACACGAUUGGCAAUGACUGGACUCUUCAGAACGAUAGGCGCAGCGACCAAAACAAUCUCAGAAGCACUGGCGAUCGCUGCGGUGUUGGUUCUGGCAAUAGUGAUCUACACCGGGUUUACAAUACCUCGACCAGACAUGCACGCUUGGUUCAAGUGGAUUUCGUGGUGCAAUCCGGUUGCAUAUUCAUUUGAAGCGCUCCUCGUCAACGAGUUCCACGGAAGGCAAUUUCCGUGUGGCAACUUUGUUCCCGCAUAUCCAAAUCUACUCGGGGACACGUUCAUUUGCUCCGUCCCUGGCGCGGUUGUCGGCCAAUCGACUGUAUCUGGUGACGCAUAUCUCGAAACUUCCUACCGGUACAGUUACAGCCACAUUUGGCGGAAUCUUGGCAUAUUGAUUGCUUUCCUGGUUUUCUUCAUGUUCACUUACCUGGGGAUAUCUGAAAUCAAUUCAAAACCGGAAGGCAAGGGAGAGGUCUUGCUAUUUCGCCGAGGACAUGUCCCACGCUACGUCGAGGAGGGUCUGAGACAUGAAGAUCAAGAGGACCCUGACGCUCCUCCCGCAGUCACCGGAAGGGAUGACGCCCAAGAUGAAGAUAUCAAGGCAAUCCCACCGCAAAAGGCCAUCUUUACCUGGCACAAUGUCAACUACGAUAUUCCGGUCAAGGAGGGAACACGCAGGUUGCUCGACCAAGUAUCAGGGUGGGUCAAGCCUGGAACCUUGACUGCCCUGAUGGGUGUAUCAGGUGCUGGGAAGACAACCCUGCUGGAUGUUCUAGCCCAGCGCACCUCAAUCGGGGUUGUGACCGGUGACAUGUUGGUGGACGGAAAGCCGUUAGACCCCAGCUUCCAAAGGAAAACAGGGUACGUUCAGCAGCAAGAUCUCCACCUUGAAACCUCGACUGUUCGCGAAGCAUUGCGCUUUAGCGCCAUGGUCCGUCAGCCUAAGUCUGUCUCCAAGAAGGAGAAAUACGAGUACGUGGAGGAAGUCAUCAAGAUGAUCAACGCGGAAGACUUCGCCGAGGCCGUGGUUGGUGUGCCGGGAGAAGGCCUUAACGUCGAGCAACGAAAACUGCUUACAAUAGGGGUGGAGCUCGCCGCGAAGCCUGCUCUCCUGUUUUUCCUCGAUGAACCGACUAGCGGGCUGGACUCCCAAAGUUCCUGGUCGAUUCUCAGCUUCCUGCGCAAGCUGGCCGACCAUGGACAAGCCGUCCUGUCGACGAUCCAUCAACCCAGUGCGCUGCUGUUUCAGGAGUUCGACCGACUGCUGUUCCUCACGACGGGAGGUCGAACCGUCUACUUCGGCGACAUCGGCCCCAACUCGCAGACCCUCACCAGCUAUUUCGAGAGGCAUGGAGCCAGGGCCUGCAGUGACUCGGAAAAUGUGGCCGAGUACAUGCUGGAAGUUGUCAACCCGGAAGCAAGUGCUCAAGCCAACCACGAUUGGGUGGAGAUCUGGAGAUCCAGCGAAGAGAACAAGCACAUGCUGGCAGAGCUGGACCAAAUCAACCGGGAAAGGAUCAAAGUUCCUGUGGAAGACAACACCGCCACAAGCCGUGGGCAAUAUGCUGUGCCGAUAUACACCCAGACGUAUUACACGACGAUCCGCGCCUGGCAGCAGUAUUGGAGAACCCCCGGAUAUGUUCUUCACAAGUUUGGCCUCGGCGUUGCUUCAGCUCUGUUCAUCGGCUUCUCAUUCUGGCAAUCGAACAGCUCCCAACAAGGGCUGCAGAAUGUCUUGCUCAGCGUUUUCAUGCUCACGUCGAUAUUCACGGCCUUGAUCCAGCAAAUCAUCCCUCGGUUCGUCAUCCAGAGGUCGCUCUAUGAAGUCCGGGAGCGCCCGUCCAAGGCCUACUCGUAUGUGGCGUUUCUCCUCGCCAACAUUCUCGUAGAGAUUCCAUACCAGACUCUGCUCGGCAUCAUGGUGUAUGCUUCCUACUACUACUCGGUCUUUGGCAUCCAAUCUUCCGAACGACAAGGCCUCAUCUUACUAUUCUGCGUCCAAUUUUUCGUGUACGCAAGCACGUUCUCGCAGAUGGUGAUCGCGGCUCUGCCGGACGCGGAGACUGCCGGUAUUAUUGCAACACUCAUGUUCGCCAUGUGUGUCAUCUUCAACGGCGUGCUUCAACCACCGGAUGCGCUGCCGGGCUUCUGGCACUUCAUGUACCGCGUGAGUCCCUUCACCUACAUCAUCGACGGCAUCGUGGCGACGGCGCUGCACGGCCGCAAGGUCGUGUGCGCUGAGAACGAGCUGAGCGUCUUCUCGCCGCCGCCGAACAUGACCUGCGGCCAAUACCUCGCGCCCUACCUGCAAGUCGCGCCGGGGACGCUGUACAACCCCGCGGCGACGAGCAGCUGCGAGUACUGCGCCCUGUCCGUCGCGGACCAGUAUUUGAGCCCCCGGGGCAUCGCGUGGGGCCAGCGCUGGCGCAACUUCGGCCUCGUCUGGGCGUAUGUGGCGUUCGACCUAUUCAUGAUCCCGCUGCUGUACUACAACUUCCGGAUGAAGAAGUGGCGCGGCAAGGUCGGCGCGAGCAGACGGCGCCGGGGCUUGAACAGGACCUACUCCUGGAUCCGCACGUUUGGGAGGCAAUGUCGGAGGCUUCUAACCGGGCGCUGGGAGAAGCUGCCUUUGGAAAAGCGGGCCGAGAAUCCCCGGGUGUAUUGAUUCAAUAAGCAUGGAGUCGUCGGUUCGGGUUCAUUUGGUUAGCAGGGAGGGAUUUCGGGCUGGAUGUUGUCCUGUCCAUCUUUGGGCUGUGCUGUAUUAUUACUAUUAGACUUGAAGUUCGAGACUGUCAGUCACAAAAGCGCCCGCUCUUUCCCGAUCCGACUCCGGGCCCUGGAUAUCUAGUUUCAUAAUGGCUUUUCUGCUUGGCCCCCC